AUGCGGGCAGUGGCAGUGGGCUACGGCAUUGCUCCGCGACAUGCGGGAUGUGCAGUUGAAUCCCAAUGUCGUCAGCUGCAGCGGUGGGAUCAGCGCGUGCAAGAAAGGCAAGCAGUGGCAGCUCGCUUUGGCACUGCUCGGCGAGAUGCGGGAGGCGAAGUUGGAGCCCAACGCUAUAUCUCAGCUACAACGCUGGGAUCAGCGCGUGCGAGGACGGUGAGCACUGGCAGUGGGCCGUGGCGCUGCUCAGCGAGAUGCGGGAGGCGAAGCUGGAGCCCUGCUCAGCUACAGCGCCGGAAUCAGCGCCUGCGAGAAGUGCGAGCAGUGGCAGUGGGCUUUAGAGCUGCUGGGCGAGAUGCGGGAGGCGCAGUUGGAUCCCAACUCAGCUACAGUGCUGGGAUCAGUGCGUGCGAGAAAGGCGUGCAGUGGCAGCGAGCUUUGGUGCUGAUCAGCGAUAUGCGGGAGGCGAAGUUGGAGGCCGACGUUGUCAGUUACAACGCUGGGAUUAGUGCGUGCGAGAAAGGCGGGCAGUGGCAGCGGGCUUUGGCGCUGCUCAGCGAGAUUUGGGAGGCGAAGUUGAGCCCGAGCAUCACCAGCUACAGCGCUGCGAUCAGCGCGUGCGAGAAGUGCUGGCAGUGGCAGCGCGCUCUGGAGCUGCUCAACGAGAUCCACGAAGCGACGUUAGAGCCCAACGACACUCUGCUACAAUGCUCGGGUUAG